AUGCCCGCCACAUCACGUAGAACAACGCGGGUCAGCACGUCUGAUUCCGCAGAUGCCCGUGCCUCAUCCACCUCAUCUAAAAGAAAGACAGGCUCUUCCGCCGCCUCCUCCACAUCGUCAUCCACUCGCUCCUCAGCGGCAUCUUCUGGCGUUAUCCCGACGGUAGCUGCUCGCAACGCCUCGAACAAGAAGUUCGAUAGGAAAGAGCGCCGACUGGAGGAUCUCUUAGAUGACACGAUCGUCGCAGAUGAUGCCCGCAGAGUCGACAUCAGCAUGGGUGCUUUCGAGCCGGUCAAGGCGGCGUCGGCAUCCUCAUCCAAGAGGUCGAGACAAGACGCCGAAGCAGCCGCGCGCAAACUCAAGCAAGCUACCGCUCGGCGCGAAGAGCCGCCAAAGACCAAGCGCAAGCUUCGUCAAAGUGAGUCAACAUUGUUCCCGAGUCUUCUGUCUCCAUGCCUCACACUGACCCUUGUUCGUGGUCUCCGGUUAACAGCGCUCGGUGACGAGUCCGACGACGACUUCAUCUUCAGCCGCGAACCCGCUCGACGGAACGGUGCUGCCGUAUCAUCUUCCUCCUCAUCAGCAUCAACGUCGUCAGCGCCGACGACAUCUGCAGCAUCUCGCAACGGACUACCGACAUCCUUAUCCGGCCGCACCGUCUUUGAGCCUCUGCCGGACGAAGCAGGAGGCGAGACACCCAUCAUCAGGAGGAAUCAGGCGUUCCGCGCAGGUUUGGAGAACAAGCCUCGUCGUCCGACAGGUCGCGAAGCCGAACAGCAAUCUCGCCGCAGCAGUCUCAACCUCAAAGGACAACGGCGCGUCUCAGAACUCCGCGACGGCACCGUGGCGCAUCCUCACGAGGAUGUGCCAGACUACGAGUUGUACCGACACUGCAGCGACCAAAUCCCUCCGGUGGUACGCAUGAAACACAUCAUAAGCUGGAUCAUCAAACGGUCGCUCAACAUCGCCACGGGCAAGGCAGAGCUUCCAGUACGGCCGCGUGACGCGGCAAAGAAGACCAAGGGCAAGGCGAAGGAGUCCAACGAGCUCCCGACCUUCAACGAGGCCGAGCUCAAGCUGCUUCGAUCGCGAGAGUCAGAGGUGACCGCGGUUCUCGAGCAGGUCCUUGCAGACCUGAACGAAGGUGUAUUUGGCAUCAACUGGAUGGGUCAAAACGACGAGGCCAAGAGCAAGCAUCUGCAGCCGCAUCCACGUAACGAGUCGAACCGCAAGGCUGCCGCACAGCUGUCUGCCAUCGUCGAUGCCAUGCGCAGCGAGUCACAAGCGUGGAGCAAAGAGCUCACUCGGCUCGAAGAUUACGAGGUCGAGACGGCCAGGCUAGAGGCGCUUCUGCAGGACGACAGCACGGCAGACUCGGGCGAUGUGAUAGCGUGGGAUCGUCAGGAUUUGGACGAAGCUGGUCUGCAGCAGCUGCGUGACGCCGAGGCGGCGGUCGAGUGGCUUGGGCGAUUGCAGGGAGAUGCCACGACCGAGACGGCCAAAGCCAAGCCUCGAUCCAAAGGGCGCAGCUCGAAAGCGGCGAACGCACGUCAAGACGAAGAGGCCGCCGAUCUCAAGGGAACGGAGCACGACGCCCGAUGGAACGACGUCGAGUACAACGUGGAUCUGCUACGCUCUCAAUCGCACCAGUUUGCACAACUCGAGUCUCUGGCGAGCAGGUACGUGCGCACGGUCUCGGCGCACGCCGCCCAAGCGCUCCGAGACCGCACGUCUUCGAGCAGCGCACUGGCGGGCACCUCAUCGUCGAGCGCCAAGGGAGGUCGUGGCAAGGCUGCUGCCAAGAAGGGCCGCGGUGGAGGAGGCAGCGGACAGCUCGAGAUGCUUCUGAGCGGCGUGCGCGAGUCGCGUUCGAUCACGCAGCCGACAGCGGACGCUUCGACAGCAGCGGAUCAGAGCGUGGCGGAUGUCAGCGCAAGCAUGGCGGCCGUCGAGCCGGACGAGAGCGACCCGACGGAUCUGCUGAGAGCUUUGGCGCGCAUGCGAGACUAG